GAAGAGCCCAUCACGUGGUCAAAGAAACCCAUAACGCUAGAUUCAUCUUCCCAAAGUUUUUACAAACCCGUUCGUAAAAGUGCUGCCGCUACUGUCGGAGAUUCGAUAUACAUUUUUGGGGGUGAAAAUCCAGAAAUCGGGAGGCUUUCCAACGCCUUCUACAAGUUGAACAUCAAAACCUUCGUGAUAAAAAUUUUGAACUCCACGGCAACUCCUCUCGCCCGAAAAAAUCAUUCGCUCAAUGCUAUCGAUAGCAAUCGACUGGUAUUGUUUGGCGGACGACGUUUGAUAAAUGGGGACGAUGAAUUUGCGACAGUCCAAGAGAUGUGCGAUACUCAAGAUUUCGCGAUUUACAAUAUCGAGGAUAACACUUGGGUGUCCUACACCGAUUCAACAAACUUUCCUUACAGACGUUCUUUACACAGUACGGCCUUUUCUAACGGCAAGCUUUACAUCUACGGCGGGAAAUUAAAGAGCGCAUCCUCUACAAUCUCCCAAAUUCACGACGACAAGGAUAUCCACGUAUACGAUGCCCAACAAGAUAGUUGGCAAAAAUUUCUGGCACCCUCGAAUAAUGCAGCUCCACCAACACUUUUACCGCUUCCAACCAAUUGGAUUGCGACAACAGGGAGAAACCCAGGCAGAAGAAAGUGUGCUGCAAUGUGUCUUAUGCAUAAUCGGAUCGCAAUUCUCGGUGGAUCCGAGAAAGAAAACUGGAAUUUCGAGACUGAAAGUUAUCCUUGGGAACUUUUAAAAUUAUUAACACCAGAAAAUCGUAUCUGGGAGCAUAUAAGAAUUAAGGAUUUCCCACGAAUGGAUUGCAUUGCUGUCGUGAGGGAAUACGAUAUCGAAACAAAAGGCUUAUUC